GUGCCUUGGAUGGAGGGGCAUCUCCGGCUUCACCGAAGCCAGCUCAAAAGCCGAAGACGGCACCACACCCACAGCUCUCACAGCGAGACCACGAUCUCAUGCAGCACCUCCACGAGCGACACCAAACAAAAGCACAGGCGAAGGCUGGCCGUGCAAAGUCUCCGCACAGGGGCGACCGUGGCAGCUUGUCACCUAAGGUGCAGAGCCCCCAUGCUUCGUCUCCAUCUGUCGCAGAAGCGGAGAACCAACAUGCAGCCACAGCUGCAGCGGUGGCGGCAGCAGUAGAUGUCCAAGACGGUCCGCAAUCGCAGUGGCCAGAACUGGAGCCAGACGUCCUGCAGAAUGAGGUUGCAGCCCGCGAGGUGGAGCUGCGCGUGCUUCGGCAGGAGCUCAGUGCCAGGAGCCAGGAGGUGCUGCGGCUGGAGGAGGAGAUCCACGAAGCCGAAGACCAGCUACGACAAGCGACAGGUGCUCCCAACAGUGAGGGCUCCGAGGGCCACUGGGAGCGCAGCUGGGAGCGCCGAUUGCGUGUGAUCUUGCGCUUCACAGGGCAUGUGGGGCCUCCGCCAGGCACCUCGAUACACAGGCCGCAGACUGCACUGAGCUCCGCUGCCGCCAAGCCGGCAGAUCGGCGUCCAGCACGUGUGGUGCAUGCCAUGGGCUCGGCUGGCUCUGCCGUUCCGCCCGUCCCACCGCUUCCACGGGAGAAGGCACCGCCACUGUUGGUGGCUCCUGGGGAGGCCCUGGGCCAGGCCAGCCUUGCCGGAGGCGGGGUCAAGGGCUUGCAAUGGCUCCUCGCCACGGUAGACAAGGAGAAGAAGGAGAAGGAAUGGCUGGCACAGAAGUUUGAGGAGAAGUGUGUGGAGGUUCAAUCGCUCUACCAGGAGCUGCAGCGAGUGCGGAUGCAAUUGGACCAUCAACAAGGAAGAGCCGUGUCGUCUUCGUCCGCCUUCGCCUCACCGGCCUCGCCUUCGCGCAUGUCACCUGCAACAAGCCAGGAGAUCUCUCCCUCUUCAUCUGUCGGCUCCAACUCUGCAAUUGCCCAGAGGCGGGGACUGAAGCUCAAUGUCGAGACGAACCCAAAGAGGUCGCCUUUGACGCAGCCUCCCAAGGUCGUCGUCCAGCAGGCUGUCGACGGCAACGCAGCCGCACUUUCCCGGGCAAAGUCGUCUCCAGCACUGAACGAAGGAGAUCCGUCUCGGGAGCCCAUGUCCGCGCUCUUGCGCCGGCGCCAGGAGGACUGGACGCCUCUGCCGGAGACCACGGCCACCGGCGAGGAGCCGCUCACCCCUGGCCUGGGAAAGGGCAGGAAGGGCGCACGAGGUGUCAGCGGACAAGGCGAGGGUGUGACCACGUUAAAGAAGCGACUGGCGUCCGCGGAGGUCGAGCUCGCUGAGAAGGACGAGGAGCUGUCUGGGCUUCAGGAGGCCGUUGCCCAUGGAUCUCAGCAGGUCACGGCCAAGGCUGCAGAGCUGCAGGCGCUGAUGGAUCAGCACAAGCUUCAGGGAAGCAAGGUGGCGAAGCUGCAGAAAGACAGCGACCUGCUCCACCGGCACAUGGCCAUCGACCAGUGGCGGCACCAGGUCGAGGCCGCCGUCAAGGUGGUUCUGAUAUGUCUAGGAGCCUUUCAAGAGGUGAAAAUCCGAGAGCGACGAGAGCACCAGAGGCAGAUCGAGGUCUUCCAAGAGGCCUGCACCUUGCGGCACCUUGCGUCGGCCUUUGUCAGCUUCUUGGGCUUCUCGAACGUAUCAGUGAAAAGUCCUGUCCACAAAGAUCUCAUGUCGCAAUGGGUGAGGUGGCUGAAUUAUGUCUGCCAGCGUCAUCCGCUCGCCUUCGGCGUCGCGGUUUCCACCGGUAAAGCCGUAACAGCAGAUGUUGUGGCACAGAAGGUGCUGGAAGGUAAGGAGAAGCUCGACCGACAGCGGAUCCUGGUUUUCAGUUGCUUUGGCUUCUUCUACUGCGGGCUCGCGCAGCAUGCCAUCUACUGUGUGGCAUACCCUCGGCUGGUCUCCGCCCUUGCUUUGCGCCAACCUGCGCAAGCCAUCUUCCAGAUCGCGGUGGAUCAGGUCCUUCACAUUCCCUUCUUCUACUUUCCAGUCUUUUACACUGCCUCCGGCUGCGUGCAGUCCUUGACGGGAGCUGCCAGCUUCUGUCCGAAGGCGAUCUUCUUGCAGUGGCACUCCAACGUGUGGGCAGAUGUGCAGCGUUGUACCAGCUUUUGGCUUCCUGCGCACUGCAUGACCUUCACCGUGGUGCCCCUUCACUGGCGGAUACCUUGGAUUGCAGGCGCGGGUCUCGCUUGGCUGACCUUCCUCUCUGCUUUCAGAGGGGGAGAGGCUCUCUCAGAUGUACAGAUGCAGCACAAUUUGCCGCAUGAGAUCGUGGCACUGCAGAGCCACAUCGCUCGCAUGGAGGAGAAGUGCCACUUUCAUGCCGGGGAGGUCCAGCGGCGGAAGGACGUCCUGAAGGCGCUGGUGAUGGAGGAGCGGCUCUGUGUCGCAGCCGCUCGCCUUGGCCACGAGACGGCGGACGAGCUGAAGCGGGGUCAGAUGGAAGAGCAGCGCGCUUUGGAGGCUCGCCUCCACGAGGAGAUGAGCCGCAGGACUUCCUUGCCUGCGCAAGCCAAGACCUACGAACAGGUGGAGGCCGACUUUGCCGCGGGGUAUCGCAGGAACAUGUCCGGCACUGCGAUUCUUGGAGCGGGCAGUGUCCGAUAUGAGCUCAAGUCUCCGGGACGGUUUCUGCCGAUGCGCAUGUCUCACUACGAUGGUCGCAGAGACAAAGGCAAAAGGGCUCUUCUGAGAGCUCCGGUUCUCCGAGGGUCUUCGGAGUGGCCUCUGCUCUUUGGCAUGGCUGGCACUCCUCUGACUCUUUGCCGGGUGAGUUGGGGCAGGUCCUUCUUGCCAACGUUGCGGAAGCUGGGGUUGCAGCGCCGACAGCGCCACGCUGUGUACCUGCAAAAGUCACUGCAUACAGAGUUCUGGGGCGGUUCCGGCCAGGAUCAGGGCAUGAGAAAGGUUCUUGGAGCGCUUGCCAGCCUUGGUCGGAGCAUGCUGCAAAGUGGGGUGAAGCAACUAGCGGUGCUGGACGUCGGUGCUGCAAGCUACGAAGGUCCUGACCGUUGCCACGCAGCGGAGAUGGCGGUGCUUCUGGGCUGUUCGGCAAGUUUUCAGAUCCACGCCUUCGAGCCGCUCCCCCGCGAGUUGGAGCGCACGCGGCGCAGCGCGGAGCAGCGGCUUCGCGGGGACCUCUCGCUGGGCCGCCGCGCAGCACGCAGGUGCAUCAGCUGGCAGCAGCGUGCCGUGUCCAACGCCAGCGGCGAAGCUCGCCUACGGGGAUCCGCCAACCAGGCGUCGCUCUCCCGACACAUCCCGGCCAUCACAGGGAGCGCCGACUACGCGUCCCAGGAAUCUGAAUCUGUGAUGACCCAGCGUCUCGAUGACUUUGCGCGGGAGGUGGGGCUUGCGCCUAGCCUUCUUCUCAAGAUCGACACCGAAGGACAUGACUUGGAAGUGCUGCAGGGAGCCAGGUCCCUGCUCGAGGCCGGGGACGUCGCAGCCAUCGUCUUUGAGGUCGCGGGGCAGAUGAAUCCGGAUUUCUUUCGACUGCACAAGGAGCAGAAACGCGUCGAUCAUCGGGUCAGCCUCGCAGAGCCCACGCUGGAGAGCAUGGUCCGCUGGCUCGGGGCUCUCGGCUACGAGAGCUUUCUUCUUGGCAGCCGAUCGCUGAUCCCUCUGAGCGGCUCGUGGUGGGACAAGAGCUUCGAAGUCUGCUGGAGCCGGCCGGAUCUCAGCUGCUGGUACGACGUCCUGGCGGUUCCACGGGCCGGCAGAUUUGAGGAGCUGUCUGUCUUCGACUUGGAGGGGCUGGAUUUUCCGACGGAUCGGAGACGAAUAGCGGUGGAUGCUUUGCUUCAGUCCUCGGCGGUCAGAGAGAAUCGGAAUGCCCGAACAUCGUCGCUGCUGACGACUCCAGUGUUGCCAAACUCAAAGCUUGUGCAGCACGGCAAAAAGUGCGGUCCCGCUCAUUUCAAGCUCGCAAGUCUUUGUACCGGUCAAGUUUGCGGCAGGGAAGCGGCGCGGGCUAUGAAAGAUCACGGACCCCACAUCUCCAAGACUGCCGUAGAUGAUGCCGUCGACAGCUUCCUCCAGAAGAUGCGGCAGCAAGGGGAGCUGGCUCCCCCAAUCGUCCGCAUGAGUGCCUCGGCCCACCUCGUCGCGGAUCAGGCCGUCACCCUGGAGCUGACACACGCUGGACAGCUCUGCGUCCGGGGUAAGUCAGGGCUUGUCCCUAUGGCUGAUUUCCUCCGACAACAUGGCUUCAUGAAGAAGCAUCACGAAGGCCAAGGCCAACAUCUGCCGAAGCAUGCCGCCCACUCCGCAGCGGAUGCGGCGCACGUCCACCCUUCCCACGCUGCCCACCCUUCCCACCCACUCCCAGCACAGACGACGCACCCAGCACAUGCAGGCCCUCCAGCUCUGCACUCGCACCCACCACACUUGGCACACCCAGCGCAUGCAGCACAUCCAGCUCUGCACCCGGCACAGCUAGCAAAGGCUCACCAGGCACCCCCAAAAUCGCACCCUGGCCACGGAGCACAGCAGCAUCCUGCUGCUCAUCACAGCCCCCAAGUGCCAAAGAGCACUCUUGGAGAUGCAAAGACACCAUUGCAUGCGGCAGCAGAAGCUCAUCUGACGCCGCACAAGAUGGUCGCGGUCUCGACUGGCAAGAGCUGCUAA